UGACUCAAAUUAAUGAGUCAUUGUACAGAACUUCAUAGGCUGUUGGAUCCCUUUAAUGUGAGUCAGGUGUUUAAUCAGGGACAUAUGGAAAGCCUGCAGGAAGACUUUGGACACCCCUUUAGGAUAUCAAGUGAAGAUUUACUGAUCUUGUAAUGCAAAACUGUAAAUACCUUUGAAUGUUCCCAGGAUUUAGGGUAGUGAACUUAAUGGGCCAGUUAUGGCUCAUGGACAAAGGCCAGGAACCAUUUCCAAAGUACUGGCUCCCAGCCCUCCAUCGUGCCCUGCUGCAGGACUCAAGAAAUCGAGUCAAGAAGAGCAGCGAGGCUUGGUGAAGGAGGCAACUCAGCAAACAUCCCGUUCUUUGAAGGGUGACCACAAUGACCAGCUGACUCCUUCGGCUUCUGUAAAGCACUAUUACAGGAGUUGUGACCCAAGUCCAGAAGAUAUGGAGGACACCUGCUCUGAGUAUGACAACGUUGGCUCUGAUGUUGAGCAGGACUGUGAUGAGGUGCUACAUUUGAGCAGAGAAGCUGUUGUUGAUAUGAGAUUUUAUAAACAGUAUUGUCCUGAGGAUGUGAAGCAUGCAGUGAGUGAUAAUAUUAAUGAGAACAGUGCUGCUACUGACCAGAUUGCCUCCAAACCUCAACUUAGCACAGAAAUAAGUGAAGAAUCACAGUUAGACAAUAAGCCGUAUAAGAAGGGUCCUCAUUUUAGGUCACACUGUGCCCUGAUAGCUGGCAAUGAAGCAGAGAGGGUAGUGAAACUGGGCCAGAGAGACAGGUUUACUGAUGGAGAUGGGUUCGAAGAGGUGCUGGAUGGAGCCAGAUUUGUAGAGGAUUUAGAAGAGACAGAGACUAAGGGUCAAAGGCCGCCCAGUCUUUAUCAGGGCAAUGAGACUGGCAGAACUAGAAAGGGAGGUGAUGACAGAAAAAGAGAAGAUGACUCUCAAAUUACAAGAAGCCACAAUAUUCCAGGAGCUGGUAAGAAGUGUGAGUCAUCCCACAUGAGUUCAAAGAAGAAGGAAGGCCAGGGUAAAGGACGAGGAAGGAGGGGAGCAAGAGAAGACACUGAGCAUAUUGUUUCUGAGAUCAAAGGAUCUGUGACCAACAGCGCCGAGCUGCGUCCAAAGGCUUUGUCCAAAGACUGCAAAAAGUCUGCAGUGAGAUCCAAGGCUAGGCCCAGUUCCAGUAGGCAACAUCCUCCUCCACCACCCCGUCAUACUCAUGCUCAGUCAUCUGCCGACACCCAGAAAGCCCCACCUCCUCCUGUUUCCAGACCCAGUCCCUCCACUGCUAUUAGUCAGGAGAAUGAACCCAGGGUGGUCAAACCACCCCUGGACCCUCAUCCCACAGCAGAAGAACAGAAGGAGUCUGUGGAGGAGAAGCGGAGAGGGCCAGAGAAACCUGAGGAGCAGGAUGAGAAGCCAAGCACAGCCAUAAUGCCUGAGGAGGUGCCAGAGGAACCGAGGAGGCCUCAAUGUCCAGAGCCCACCUCACCAGAGGAAAGCAAUUCUCCCAAGCAAACACAGGAAGCUGCCUCUUUUCCCAGCUUUGAAGAUGUCCCAGGUCCCUGUGAGCCAGAGGAUCUCAUUGAUGGGAUCAUCUUUGCUGCUAACUACCUUGGCUGCACUCAGGUGUUGUCUGACAAAAAUCCAUCCAAGUCUGUCCGCAUGUCUCAGGCCCACGAAGCCGUCAGUCACAUCAAGAGCCAGGAUGAAGACUCUCAAAUGAUGACAGAAGUGGACCUGUUCAUCUCCACUAAAGCUGUCAAAGUACUGAACGCUGACACACAGGAGACCAUGAUGGACAGUGCCUUGCGGACCAUCUCCUACAUUGCAGACAUUGGCAGCAUCGUGGUUCUGAUGGCACGGAGGCGUAUGUCUCAAGCUUCAUCAGAGGACUUCUCUGAAUCAUCUGACUCUACCAGUGAUGGAAACAGUCAGUACAGGAUGAUCUGCUAUGUCUUUGAGUCGGAGGAUGCACAACUGAUUGCACAGUCCAUUGGUCAGGCGUUCAGCGUGGCCUACAGAGAGUUCCUUCGAGCUAAUGGCAUCAACCCAACUGACUUAAGCCACAAACAAUACAGUGACAUCAUCAACUCCCAGGAAAUGUACCACGAUGACCUUGUCCAUUUCUCAAACUCAGACAACUGUAAAGAGCUCUAUGUGGAGAAGCAAAAAGGGGAAAUUCUCGGUGUGGUGAUUGUGGAGUCUGGCUGGGGCUCCAUUCUACCCACCGUCAUUUUGGCCAGUAUGUUGAAUAGCGGUCCUGCAGCUCGCUCUGGAAAACUCAGCGUUGGGGACCAGAUUAUGUCCAUUAAUGACACAAGUCUGGUGGGGCUGCCACUGGCCACGUGUCAGGGGAUUAUCAAGGGUCUGAAGAAUCAGGUGAAGGUAAAGCUAAGUAUUGUGAGCUGCCCUCCUGUCACCACAGUCCUUAUCAAGAGACCUGACCUCAAGUUUCAGCUUGGCUUCAGUGUUCAGAACGGCAUUAUCUGCAGUCUGAUGCGAGGUGGCAUUGCUGAGAGAGGUGGCGUUCGUGUGGGACACAGAAUCAUUGAAAUAAAUGGUCAGAGUGUUGUUGCCAUGCCACAUGAGAAGAUUGUUUUAACCCUGUCUGUCUCAGUGGGUGAGAUUAACAUGAAGACGAUGCCUGCUGUGAUGUUCAGACUGCUAACAGGACAAGAGACGCCUGUCUACAUCUAGAGAGCCUUCCACAGAUCAGCCCGCUGCGUUUCUGCUCAUCUGGCUGUGUGAUGAGCAGAAUUUAUUUUUCUAUCAUUUUAGUUUUGGCCUCUUGUUGCGAUGCUGUAAAGAACAUUUGGUUCUCAUUUUCAGGUUUUAUCUUGAAUUACGUUGUCAUAAUGGCCUUAUAAUGUGAAUACUGUCUGUAGUACUGUAUGUGAGUUUAUGGUGUCGAAGAGACGUAGCUUUAUGGUCAUGAUUAUUUUCUUAUAAAGAGAUAAAUUAGUACAUUUAUUUUUUAUUUAGUCAUUUUUAUAAUGUGUAUGGAGUUUAAAAAUUGUACUUAUACUGUAAAUAGUUUGGAUUACUCAAGGACUUGGUUGGAAAGGCCAUAUUACUCCUGCAGAAAUCAGUAUGCAUGUGAUUAUUAAAAAUAACUGACCAGGGAUUCAUUCUCCAAUCUGACACAAUAAUCUACAACAGUAAGUAUUAAAAGGCUAUAAAAAAAAAGCUGUACAAAGGCAUUAAACUCUGUGUAUUACAGUGAUGCUGAAGGCCAAAGACACACCUACUAUUCAAAGACAUACAGUAUAGGUGAUCAUUACCUUUACCAGAGCAUACAAGAAUGUAUCAAUAUACACAUUACUGGAUGAAUGUAAUGAUGCAACACACCUAAAAUACAAUUUCACUGCUGAACUUAA